GGUACCGAAACUCGAAAGCACUCUGGAGAUGGAGGAGGGCUUCGCAGUGACGGCCUUGAUCUUCCGUGAUGAGGACACUUCCAGAGCGUUCGUGAUAGCUUGCCGGCCAGAAGCUCCCUCUCGAGGUAUCAAGCAUUACAUCCGGAUUUGGCCCUGUGAUCCUUUAAGUGGUGACCCACAGAUGCCAGGCACAACUUCACAGUCGCUAGCACCAAGGGCUUUGCAACGAGACGGCGUUAUCGCUUCCCUGGAGGAUCAUGUUGCGCCUGUGUCACAUUUGGCUGUGAACAGUACCUGUUUGGUGUCGUGUGAUGCGUCUGGAGAGUGCAGACUAUGGCAGAAGAACAGGGCGAUGGCUUGCCGGGCGACUGCGCGUUUGCACAAGGGUCCAGUGGUGGACGUGGCAGUGGAUCGGCACUUCGUCUACUCCCUUGGCGAGGAAUCCAACCUGCGGAUUUGGUCGAUGGAGUUGAAGGAAGUUGCCGUCAUCCAAAUCGACAGCAUCGAGGCAUCUUGUCUCAUGGGCUCCUUUGAUGCCCCACUGCCACUUCUCAGCGUUCCAAGUCAGGCAAACCCCAACGAGAAGGACACAGCCUCGUCCAUUCAGUUUUCUCGACUUUCAGCCUUGAAACGACCUGUGUCAAGAUGGUCGGGCGGACAGGCAGCUUCAGGAAGAGGCACCACCAGCACGCCGCGCGGCUUGCUUUUCGUUGCUGCCACAAUGUCCAAAGGUCAGUCUGCUGCCGGUGAAAAUGCUGGCGUGCUGAUGGAAUGGAGCAUUGGGUCAACAUCUUGUUGCCAGAGUGCUGUCAUUGCCCAUGAUGUGCCAAUCGCGUCUAUCGCUUAUGGCCCCUGCGACAAUGGCCCGCUCAUCACUUGUGAUGUCACUGGACUGUGCCGUAUUUGGGAUUGUUCCCCAAGGCUGUGGUGCUCACAGCAAAUCGAAGCCUCACCAGGCGCUCAAAACUCGCAAUCGCUCGCCAAAGUUAGCGUGGCGUCGGAUCCUACGAACUCCUCCCUCUACUCUGUCGCAGGAGAAAAGAGGCUCCUAGUUUGGUGCCAGAGGAGUGCCAACAUCGCUCCAAUCGGCUCCCCUUGAGCCGUUUGUCGACAUUUGUCAUUGCUUC